UCCCAAUCCCCGUCACAGCAAAAACGCCAAGGAGAGCAUCGCCUUCCACCCAAACCCGAGCACCUCCGGAGGAAUCCCCUCCCGACAAAAUCCUCCAAAUAGCCGAGAUGCUCCCCUCCCGCAUCACCGCCGCUUCUCCACGCUGGCAACCCGCUGAGCCAUGCUCCUCGCGCCUCCAGCCCCAUGGCCGCGCGUCCGCCUGAACCGCCUCCCGCGCCAGCACUGCAAAGCCCGGCUGCUCUCGCUGCCCCGUAGCCGUCGGCGGCGGCGGCUCGGCGUGUGCAUGGCCGAGAUGGUCAGAAUCGAGAGCGGGUCCCCGCCGCGGGAGCUAGGGGUUUCGAUCGGGGAGGAGGGCGAUGCGUUUCUGGUUGGGGAGAGGUUGCCCGGUCCCAGGCGGGACGCGACGGCGUCGGAGAGCAACUGGCGCUUGCCCGUUGAGGCCGCUCUGAAUCGCAUGAGUAAAUGGCUGGUUGCUGGUUCUUUUGCUUUUGCAGCUAUCUGGAAGCGUGAUGCUGAAAUCAUGUGGGCUUUGAUGGGUGCCGUUGCCAACACUAUACUUUCCUCAAUUCUUAAAAAGAUGUUCAACCAUGAAAGGCCGGCGCCGGCUUUGCGAUCGGAUCCUGGGAUGCCAUCCUCCCAUGCCCAAUCCAUUUUCUAUGCUGCAGUGUUUCUUGUUCUUUCAGUGUUCUACUGGCUUGGGACAAAUUAUCUGGCAAUGAUUCUCGGGGCCACGACUAUAGCAUUGGCCUCCUACCUAUCGUGGUUACGGGUGUCGCAGCGUCUCCACACGCUGAACCAGAUUCUCGUGGGUGGCACUGUCGGAUCAGCCUUCGGUGCUCUUUGGUUUGCACUCUGGCAUUUGCUUGUGUGGGAAGCGUUUUAUUCCUCAAUGUGGGUCCAAGUUCCCGUCAUUCUAGGUUCAGUAGCGUUCAGUGUUGCCUUUGUCGUCUACAUCAUUCGCCACUGGCUCAAGGAUGAAUAGAGAUGCAUAUAGCUGCAAUACGGUGAUGGACACUGACAGCCAAUCUGCCACGUAAGGUUUACUCGACACUCUCUGGUAAUUAUACACGGAAAGGAGGCUGUGUGAUGGUUCAAAAGCCUAGAAAGCAGAACACUGAGCAAUUUUGCUUUAGUACCGCAGACCAUUGGUUUGUGUAACAUAUCAAAUGAUCGGUGCUAGGCUCCCAUUCAUCCAGGUUUUCCUUUUCAUGGAUGUAGUUGAUGUUAAAGCUAUUCUUUCUGGAAAUGACGUUAAAAGAAACAAUUUGUGAGCAUGGGCAUGAGAGAUUUUGUGAGAAGAAUCCAUUGAUGGAUACUUGCUCUUAUAUUAAAUUUUGAUCAGAUUUC